AUGACUAGAAGGGAAGAGCAUUGGGAAGUAGAGAGGGGGGAGAUGAAGGAAAUGAUAAGGGAUCUAGGUAAAAGACUAGAAGAGGUAGAAGAGCGGAGAGGAGGGGAGAUGGAAAGGGUAAAGAAGAGGCUGAUAGAAUUAGAAAAGAAGAGUGCAGAAGGAGGGGGAGAAAGGCAGGUACAGGGGAAUGCGGAAGUGGCGCAGGUAACAAUAGAUAGAUUAAAAGAGAUGGAGUGGGCCAUAGAGAGGAAAGAAAGGGAAAAAAGAAGGGGAAAUAUAGUAGUGAGAGGAGCGAGACUUGAGAAGGGAAGAGAAAAGGAAGAGUUGAAAAAGAUUUUGCAGCUGAUAGGGGUAGAGGUCGAGGUAAAGGAUAUGUGGGAGGUAGGCGCGAAAAAGGGGGGAGAAAAGGGGAUAUGGAUAGCAAGACUAGGAAAUAGGGAGCAAAAGAGGCAGGUAAUGGGAAGAAAAAGCCUACUCAAAGGGAGGGAGGAGAGAAUAGGCGAGGAUCUCACCUGGGCAGAGAGAAGAAUGAAAUGGAAGUUGAGGGAGAUAGCAGCUAUUGAGGAGAGAAGGGGAAACAGAGUAAGAAUAGGGUAUGCAAAGAUCUGGAUAGAAGGGAAAAUGUGGAAGUGGGAUGAGAUAGGAGAGCUGCUUAGGGACGCUCACGAACAGCUGACAACGAUCGAGCCCGAAAAAAGGGCAGAGCUUCCGUACUAUUCAGAUGAUCUCUAUGCUACAUGCGAGGAAGCAUUUCUCACUAAUAAGGCAGACAUGCUCGUGAUUAUCAAAUCGUGGAGAGGCCCGGAGCCCCUUGCUCACGACGGAGCGCCGGGGAAUGCCCUUACUUCCCGACAACUACCGCAAUUUCACGAUUUAUUCCAAGUAAUGGUCGGUCAGAAUCAGGACAUUUCCAAUGUGGAAAAACUGCAGUAUUUAAAAAUGAGCCUGACAGGAGACGCGUCCUUGCUCUUAAAAAAUAUUUCCGUCGCUGGGGACAACUUUGGGCGCGCCUGGGAAACUCUUGUUAAUCGGUACCAAAAUAAACGCGUUCUGAUCGACGCCUAUCUCGCGAUAUUAUUCUCGACGCGCCGUGUAAAUAACGAGUCAGCUGUCGACUUAAAGCAGCUUUUGAACGACACGAAAGACGCUCUCGGGGCGCUUAAAUCCCUCGGUAGUCCAAUUGAAUAUUGGGAUCAUAUUCUCGUGUACAUGACAGCGCGAAAACUAGACUUCGAGUCACUUAAGGCGUGGGAAAUUAACAUCGGAGCACAAACAGACCCCGCGUCAUUCGAUGACCUCGAACAAUUCCUGUUCAGCCGUGUACGUGCUCUGGAAGCCGUCGAUCGAGUAUCGACCUCUCUCCACGGCCGUACCCUCAGGGCUAAAUUGUGCCUUAUGCACAAAGUCGCAUUAUAUUUCAACGUGUCCCGAGUAUCGCAACAAAACACCGGAUCAGCGGCGCGAGCUUCUCGUACAGCGAAAUCUGUGUUUCAAUUGUCUCGGGGCGCACCAAUUCAGAAACUGUCGGACAGCAAAGCGGUUCAAGUGUGCACUGGCCCACAUCACACCACGAUACAUCGUUCGAAAGCCGUGGAGCAACGAGCUCCCGGUUCCAGCGCCACGUCGCCAUCGGAAACACCUGAGCCUAGCAAACAAACUAACGGUGCGGCGAUCCCGGGUCGCGAUGAUCAGCCUAGCACCUCCGUCUCAACAAACGUUGCACUUACAAGUACGAUCCAAUACAAACCGGUACUGCUUGCAACCGCGCUCGUGAAGGUCACCUCUCGUACCGGGGAAGAACUCAUAAUUAGAGCGUUACUCGAUCAAGCAUCGGAGGUGUCAUUCGUCACAGAAUCACUCGCCCAACGCUUAGCAUUGCCAAGAAUGAAUACCUCGCUGCCUAUACGCGGAAUCGGUGGCAAGCGCACCGUCAACGCGCGCGGACUCGUCAAUCUCAAUAUCCAGUCUCGCAUCAGAACGUUUUCGCUUCCCGUAAAUGCAUACAUACUUGCAAAACUGACGUCUUACGUUCCCCCUUGUCGAGUACUCAAAAAUAACUGGCCUCAUCUAGAAAAUCUAGAACUUGCCGAUCCAGACUCAUCCUCAACACGAGCAAUUGAUCUUCUUCUUGGAGCAGAGGCCUAUAGCGUGAUUCUCGAGGAAGGAUUACGUAAAGGAGAUCAACAAAGCCCCAUAGCUCAGCAAACCGCCCUUGGCUGGAUCCUAUCGGGUUCAAUUCCGUCACAGGACCCCCCUCAAAAAAGGGGGUCAGCAUACGGAUUUCAAUGUUCCGCAGAUCAUGAACUCCUCAGCCUUCUUCAACGUUUCUGGCUGCAAGAAGAAACAACCUCAAAUAGCGAAACUUUACUCUCCGAAGAAGACUCGCAAUGCGAGCAGCAUUUUGUCGAGACUCACUCUCGUUCACCGGAAGGCCGGUACAUCGUACGUAUUCCUCUUAAACAACUCCCAGACAAUCCUGGGGACUCUCGGAGAUCUGCGCUCUUCGCGUUAUCGCGUCAAGAAAAACAAUUCGAGGCAGAUCCGGCAAGAAAAACCGCCUAUUCAGACUUUCUCGCGGAGUACGAGAAUCUUGGACACAUGACUCUAGUGCCUAAUCCGUACCAAGCUUCGGGACGGGUUUUUUAUCUACCGCAUCAUGCAGUGGUGCGUGACAACAGUACAACUACGAAAAUUCGAGUCGUUUUUAAUGGAUCUGCACUUACGACACGCAAAAUCUCAAUCAACAGCUUACAGUACGCUGGGGCCAAGCUUCAGAAUGAUCUCGCAGAUGUAAUCACUCGAUGGCGUCGAUACGCGUAUGUUUUCACAGCAGACAUCGAGAAGAUGUACCGUCAAAUCGGAGUACAUCCCGAUGACUGGGAUCUGCAGCGAAUUCUAUGGAGAAAAAAUCCACAGGAUCCUGUAUCAACAUAUCAACUGUGCACGGUAACUUAUGGACUUAAAAGCGCCCCGUAUCUGGCCUUACGCGUACUCCGACAGCUCGCAGCUGACGAAAAAUCCCGAUUUUCCCUCGCAGUGAACAUCAUCGAACGAGAAAUCUACGUCGACGACGUUCUAUCAGGAGCCGACGACGUUGAAGGAGCAACAGAAAAAAUUCGCCAAAUCAACGAGUGCCUCGCCAGUGGCUGCUUCAACUUACAAAAAUGGACCUCAAAUUGCGAGGAAUUACUCGAAAAGAUACCGCAAAAAAGAGGGACAUAUCGCAGCUCGUUUCCAUUGAAGAUAACAAUCCAGUGCGAGCGCUCGGGCUCCUAUGUUGCUCAGAUCUUUGACCCUCUCGGUUGGAUCGCCCCAGUUGUCGUUCGUGGAAAAAUUUUCAUUCAAGAGCUGUGGUCAGCUGGUCUAAAUUGGGACGAUCCGCUUCCCAAAAUUCUUGCAACUCGCUGGAGAAUCUAUGAAGAAGAACUCAAGGAUAUUGCUCUUAUCUCGGUGCCACGUUAUUUCGGUAGUCGAGCAAACCUUGCAGCGUCGCAGUCCGUCGAACUGCACGGUUUUUCAGACGCAUCACAAAGUGCCUUGAGUGCAGUAGUUUUUCUUCGCCUGCUUACGGGAAGCAACGACAUCCGAGUAUCACUUGUUGCGGCGAAAACAAGGGUAGCCCCGUUAAAAAAAGUUACAAUUCCGCGGCUGGAACUAUCUGCAGCCGUGCUGCUAGUUCGGCUCGUCUCGCACCUUCGAAAAGUACUCGAACUCGAAAACGCCACGAUUCACCUCUGGACGGAUUCCACCGUUGCGCUGGCCUACAUCAGUGGAGAUCCGUCUCGUUGGACGGAAUAUGUCCGCAACCGCGUUAAUGAAAUUCGAGAAAUUGACCAAUCUCAAUGGCACCAUGUCUCGGGCAAGGAAAAUCCAGCCGAUUGCGCGUCAAGAGGCAUUAGCCCGCGGCAGUUACAAGAAGACAGCCUCUGGUGGAAUGGGCCCGUUUGGUUGUCGCAGCAUAUAUCAUCGUGGCCCUCAUUGCAUCCACCAGUCCAUCCAGACGUCGCCCUUGAGCUCCGCAAAUUACACGCACACAUUGUCAACACCGACGAUCGCACCAUCAUAUGGGACCUCGUACAACGCUAUUCCAGCCUUACAAAGCUCUUACACGUUUCCGCUUGGUGUUUCCGAACAUUUCGAAAAUUUCUACAGAGGCAGGACGCCCCCAGCAGAGAGAAUCCUCUCACGCCGGCCGAACUUGAGCAUGCGCGUCUUUUUUGGGUCAAGGCGACCCAGUCAGCGUAUUUUAACGCAGAGAUACAACUUCUCUCAGAAGAAAAACAACUUCCGCGAUCCAACCGUCUUCUGCGACUGGCCCCGUUUGUCGACUCCAACGGUUUGCUGCGAGUUGGCGGCCGUCUUCACAACUCUCCAUGCAACUAUGACGAAAAGCACCCAUUAAUACUACCGCAAGAAGCUUCCCUUACUACACUUGUCAUAGACCAAGCUCAUCGAAAAACUCUCCAUGGGGGUACUCAAGUUACCCUCGUCACACUCCGAAGCCAAUACUGGGUAGUUGGAGGCCGCGUACCAGUCCGUAGCUUCAUACGACGAUGCAUUACGUGUAUACGGAAUCGCGCAAUGCUCGGGUAUCAACUGAUGGGGCAAUUACCGCCCUCGCGAUUCAGUCAAGUGCGCCCGUUCAUCAACUCCGGAGUUGAUUACGCCGGUCCGAUCUUCUUACGGACAUUUCGUGGUCGCGGUGCCAGAACGUACAAAGGAUACAUAGUCGUCUUUGUUUGCUUCUCGACUUCCGCAAUUCAUUUAGAAAUGGCUACAGAUUACUCCUCAGAGGGAUUCAUAGCAGCAUAUAAGAGGUUUACGAGCCGCCGAGGGAUUUGCGAAACCUUAACGAGUGACUGCGAGACAAACCUCGUCGGCGCAGACGCGGAAUUGCGAAGACUCUUCCAGGCAACGUCCAAAGAAUUCUCUACUAUCGCUACCUCUCUAGCAAACGAUGGAACUUUAUGGAAAUUCAACCCCCCUUCUGCCCCUCAUUUUGGGGGAAAGUGGGAAGCCGCCGUAAAAUCCGUGAAAUUCCAUCUCAAAAGAGUCAUUGGCGACUCACGACUCUCGUACGAAGAGUACGCUACGCUACUCGCACAGAUAGAGGGAGUUUUGAACUCUCGCCCGCUAUGUGCACUUUCAGACGACCCAUCAGACCUUUAUGCGCUCACUCCGGGACAUUUUCUGAUCGGUUCCGCUCUUAAUGCCAUUCCGGAACCAUCUCUCGGCCAUCUUCCAACCUCUCGGUUAUCCCGAUGGCAGUUGUUGAGACAAAUGCUGGAGCAUUUUUGGUCCCGUUGGAGUUCGGAAUAUUUGCAACAGAUGCAACUGCGUGCAAAAUGGCAUUACCGCACGAACGCAUUGAAAAUUAAUUCUCUCGUUCUCAUCAAGGACGAGCGAUAUCCACCAAUCAAAUGGGCCCUUGGCCAAGUCGUCGAACUGCACCCUGGAAAAGAUGAUCUUGUUCGCGUUGUGAGUGUCCGUACUCAGCAUUCGACGUAUAAACGACCAAUCGUCAAGCUAUGCCUUCUACAGAGUCCUGACACUGACAAACCGAAGGACACUUCUGCGGACUAA